UAAGGCGAGACACGGUAGACGGGAUCGAGACCCUCGUACAUCAGCCGCCAGCCACCGCAUCGCCGCCGUGGGAUGACAUAGCAGGCUGCUGAUGAUCCUGAAUACUAUCACUACAAUGACAUCAUUGAGACGUCUCCUCACUGCCUCCACGAGAUCAAAUGCUUCUUUGAAGACUGUAAGACUAUCCUCAUAGCCCGUUGUAUGGUUUAAAUUGCAAGUCCAUAUAUCCUCAUAGCCCGUUGUAUGGUUUAAAUUGCAAGUCCAUAUAGUGUACUAUUGACCAUACGUAUAUCUGUUACUAUGCUUAAAUGUUUUUAGACAAGAAGAAUGAGAAAGAAGGUUGUUGUUGAUGCAUUCUUGCCUACCAACACUGCUUAUGAUGCCAUUCAGUACUUCCAGUAAAUUCUCUGAUUUUAAGUGAACUAUAAGUCUAUAACAAGAAGUGAUUGUGUGUGUUGCGGAAUAGGUAUUAUAGAGCAUUAAAUAUAUAUAAAAACAAAAACUAAUUACACAGUUUUCAUGGAAAUCGCGAGACAAAUCUUUUGAGCCUAAUUAGUCCAUGUGCUAAUGAUGGUUUAAUUAGGCUUAAAAGAUUCGUUUCGUUGUUUCCAGGCAAGUUAUGAAAUUAGUUUUUCAUUCGUGUCCAAAAACCCUUUUCAACAUCCGGUUAAACAUCCGAUAAACAUCUGAUGUGACACUUAAAAAUUUUCUUUUCAUGCACUAAACACACCCUGAUUUUUACUCUGUUUUCUGUCUAAAGAUAUAUUUAGUUAGUUCCGGUUGGGAACGGGGACAGUUCAUCCUGCAAAAUAAGGGCCGAAAAUAUGGGUGUUACUACUUUGGAAUAGAAGCAGGGUAUAUGUGGGAUUAGGGCUGAAAACGGUACGGAAACUUUCCGGAUUCCAAACAUAUUUUCGAAAACGGAAUCUGUUGGUCCGAAUAUUUUUUUCAGAAUUUGGAAUUUCUCAGAAACGGAAACUAAUUCGGAAAUAUUUUCUCGGAAACGGAAUCGAAAAUGAUAAGGGCAGUUUUCAUUGGAACUCGGAAUCGGUCGGAAACUUUCUGGAAAUUUUCUUGGAAUUUUUGGAAUUUUUUUCGGAAUUUCCAGAAAUUUUGUGAUUGAAAUACCCUGAGUUCUUUUUUUUAAGCACUUAAUAGUGAAUAACAUGUUGUUUUGCUCUUAUUUUCUUGAAAAUAUUUGUUAUGCAAAUCUAAAUUUACAUAAGAAUAUUUUUUCCUUCAUUGGGAUUUACCAACGUCAUUACUCUCUUAAACAUAGAUAAUUUAUUUCAUAGAUUGUGCAUCAUUACUCUCUUAAACAUAGAUAAUUUAUUUCAUAGAUUGUGUUUUGUGAUGUACUGUUAAUACUUAAUUGUGUUUCAUGAUGAAUCGUUGACCGUUGAGACUUGAGAAUUGGAUUUACCAGUUUGAGGGGUUUUUUAUUCCGAUAAAUUUUCGUUACCGUAUUUGCGCCGAUUCGUUUUUGUUCCGUUUUCGGUUUUGAUAAUAUUCGAUUCCGUUUUCGUAUCCGGGGUUUCCGAUUCUGAUUCCGAAAAAAAAAAUAUGAAAACGAAAAUAAUAAAGAUGGUUUCUGUCCGUUUCCGUACCGUUUUCACCCCUAAUUGGGACAACCCAAUUUGCAGUGUCUCAAUUAGGACCUAGAAAAGUUCAAUGGCGUAUAUGACAGAUUUCUACCUAACAAAUCACAAAUGAAUAGUCCCAAGCUAAACUGCACGUAACCUCCAAUCUUUGAGAAUACCAUGGCAAUGAGCUGUGUUUGUACAGAGAAGUGCGGGCCAUGAUGUAACGGAUGGCAUCGUUUGCUUGACGUGCGACCCAGUCCGUGUGCCAGUCAUCACAAGCAAUGCAAAAUUGCAACCUCCGUCCGUCCGUCCGGAUGUUCGGAAAGGUCAGCGUGCUUACGGUUUGUGUCCAGGCGGCGUUCUGGUCUGGGCCAACCAUAAAAGUAUCUCUUACUCCGUCUUUGCUUGGCUCAUCGAUUGCCAUUCGCCGUCGCCGUACGUCCCGUGCCUAGACCACGUCCAUGCGUGUAUUAAUUAGUGUCACUCGAGCUAGUCGUCUCGGCCAUCUCUUGCUGGCUUAUGAUCGAGCUCUCUUGUUUUGUUAUAACACUGACGGUGGCCGCCGAUCAGGACGUGCACCGGCCGGGUCUCAGACUCUCAGGUCAACUCCGCCCCACGCGACGUACGCCUCCUAGCUAGUUCGAGCAUCCCACGUCGAGUCGCCGAGGCCGCGCGCGUCCUCUCAAGCGGCUAACCCCCGCGCGCGCCGGCGCUUCUCCCCUUCCCGGGCCUCUUCAAAAAUCCCCGCGCCGCGUAGCCGAUCACUUGUCGCACCAACAUGGAGGAGGACGGCGGCAGCGACGCGCGGGUGGUGGAGUCCAUGCAGCGGCUGCUCGACGCGGUGCCGCCCGGUGCCGACGACCCGUACACCAUCUUCCGCCUCCCCGCGGCCGUGCGGGAGCGGCACCGCGACCUGUACGAGCCAAAGCUCGUGUCCGUGGGGCCGUACUACCACGGCCGCGACGGGCUCGGCGCCGCGCAGCGCCACAAGUGGCGCCUCCUCCGCGACUUCCUGUCGCGGCAGAGCGACGACAAGGCCGGGCUCGGAGCCUACGUGCGCGCCGCGCGGGCGGUCGAGGCCGACGCGCGGCAGUGCUACGCGGAGGGGUUCGACGACGUGGGCGCCGACGAGUUCGCCGAGAUGCUGGUGCUCGACGGUUGCUUCCUGCUCGAGUUCUUCCUGAGGAAGAGCGAGGGGCAGCUCGCGGCGCCCGGGGGCGCCAAGUGGGCGUGGCAGCACAUGUACCACGACGUCCUCCUCCUGGAGAAUCAGAUACCGUUCUUCGUCGUCGAGAGGCUGCACGGCGUCGCCUUUGCCGGGGACGAUGAUGGCGCCGCCGACCGUGACGCGCUCCUCGACAUCUUCUGCAAGGCGUUCGCCGGCGACCUGCCUUCGAGCCGCGUCAUACGGCCGCCGAGCGACAAGACCAUCCACCACCUGCUGCACCUGCACUACGAGUGCAACGUCCGCAACCCGGCCGCGGACAGCGACAAGGCGCGCAACGGCGGGGACGCCGCCAACGGCGGCGCGUCGUCGCUGGCCAUCUGGAAGCAGCCGCCCGUCCCGUCCCCGCGCUCCAGCGACGGCGCCAUCAAAGGGCGGAUGACGUCGAUGAUCCCGCCGGCGGCCAAGAUGGAGGAGGCCGGCGUGACGUUCAAGCGGAAGGCCACCCCGCGCGACGUGUUCGACAUGAGCUUCCGGUACGGCGUGCUGCACAUGCCGGCGUUCGUGGUGGACGAGGGCGCCAAGGUGCUCCUCGCGAACCUGGUGGCGUUCGAGCAGGGCGGCGGCCGCGCGGCGCGGAAGCUGGAAGGGGGCAACCUGGCGACGGGGUUCGUGGCGCUGCUGGGUUCGCUGGUGAACUCGCGGCGGGACGUGGAGGUGCUCCGCCGCUGCGGGAUCCUGCACUGCAUGGUCACCGACGAGGAGGCCGUGGCGUACUUCAGCCACGUGGUGCAGUACACGACCAUGGACUACGACCGGCACCUGCUGGCUUGCCUGUUCCGGGACAUCCGGGAGCACUGCCACUGGAACCGAUGAUUUGGGUGUUUCAUCCCAAUGCUGCUUGGCUGGUUGCUAUACGAUUGUCUUCAUAGAUUUCCUUUUACUGAACGAUACCUCGAUCAUAAUUUGCCUUUUAGUACAUGCGACUCUUACUACCGUUAAUUCAUAAUUUGCCUUUAGUACAUGCGACUCUUACUACCGUUAAUGUAGUUAAACAAAAACAGCAAUACCAUCCAUUCAUGUUUUUUUUUUUACUAGCAAGAUGGAGUACUUCA